AUGCACUUGGUGGUGGUGGUGGUAGCUGGCCGUGGUGGUUUGCAAGUUGCAGUUCGAGGUUCCAAUCGCUGUCAAGCCCUGUUUCCCGCCGAGUCUGCUAUCGUCGACUUUAGCGAUGGAAGUAACCGCCUACCCAAGGUAGCUUUGGAAGUAGUUCGACGGUGGACGGUGAACGGUGCAGUGUUCUCCGACGUAGCCGAACGUUGGGCCAAAAAAGAAAACCCUUUCGCGGAUGCUCCAACUGCAAAACGCCCAGCCAAGAGGUUCGCUACCCUCUCGACGUCUGUUCGCCGCGUUAACGGUAAAUGGCAAUAG